UGCUUGGAAUAUAUGCAUUCGAGUUCAGAUCAAGAACUAAAGUCCAAAGCUUCCAAAAUAAAGAAAACUCUAGAGAACAAAAAAUGUAAGAAAGAUAUUAAUGCCUUCUGGGUGUCAAAAAAACAGGAAGAAAAGAAACAAAGCAUAGAAAAAAGAAUAGAAAAUGCCGAGGAGAAGAGCAAGCUGUUUGAU